GCACAGAACGACGCGCGUAUCAGUGCCGGCGGCGCGUCGGCAAAUAACCUCAUUCUGCAUACUGACUGUUAUUUAGAAGGUCUUCUCUUCAUUUCUACCGUCGGUUUGAACUGGUGAUACCGACACAAGUGCGAUCAGCAGCUUCAAGUACCACCAUGGCUGCGCUGUCGGGAGGAGAGAUGUGCAUCAAAUACCUGAUGUUUGCCUUCAACCUAGUGUUCUGGCUUGCAGGCACUGCUGUUUUUGCAAUAGGCCUUUGGCUAAGAUUAGACCCAAAGACCAAAGGCCUGUUUGAAGGAUCAGACUCUCCAUAUGUGUUUUACACAGGUGUAUAUAUCCUGAUAGGAGCUGGAGCACUGAUGAUGGUGGUGGGUUUUCUGGGAUGUUGUGGGGCAAUCCAGGAGUCCCCCUGUAUGCUUGGACUGUUCUUCUUCUUCCUGCUUAUCAUAUUUGCCAUUGAGGUUGCAGCUGGAAUCUGGGGAUUUUCCAACCAAAGCAAGGUGGUGAAUGACAUCACAACGUUUUACAUCCAGACCUACAACAACUUCCAGACAACAGGAGAUGAGCGCCUCAGAGAGACACUGCGGGUGAUUCAAACCGGGUUGAACUGCUGCGGUCCAACCGGUACUGUAAUAGAUGCUGCCAAAGACACCUGUCCCCGGGGAGAGCCACUUGAGGUGCUCAUUACUAAGAGUUGUCUUGACGCUAUUGAUGAGGUGUUCGACUCCAAACUACACAUCAUAGGAGGAGUGGGCAUCACCAUCGGGGUUGUUAUGGUGUUCGGGAUGAUCUUUAGCAUGCUCCUGUGCUGUGCCAUCAGGAAGUCCCGGGAGGUGGUGUGACACCCACCAUCACGCCCCGAAGUCCUUGUUAAUGUUGCAUGAUGUCAUUCCUAGAGUCACAGACUCUCCACUGCCAAUAGAAACACUGCUUGUUCAAGGGGGAUAACCUAAGCUAGGCUGGGUGCAGAUAUUUCUGAUUAUUACAUCAUUCGUCAGUUCUAACUGUAUUGUUGACACUUAGGCCCACCUUUCUGGACUAGAUAGAUGCGAUGUGGUUAUUAGGCCCAAACAUAGAAUGGGUGUCAACUGUGCUUCAAUGGCAAUGUAGUACAGAAAUGUGUAAUUUGUGGUCAUUUGAUUGAAAUUAGUGUUUGUGAACUGCUAAUUAUCUAAACAAAAGAUCAUAUUAUUGUAUACUGAUCACAUUUCUAUUGAUACCACUCGGGGUCACCUACUGGCAAGAAGAAUCGUGGUCCAGGGCCACAAAAAAAAAUGCAACCACCACCACUUCAGCACAAUACAGCAGCAGCCAAUGAAAAUCUACAGUUCCUCUUUCUUACAACACUGAAGUCAAACCAUGGUGACUAGUAGCCAACUGAAUGCCGAGCUGUGAACUGCAGUGAUGUGGUUUUUACCAGCUCGGUAUAAGAGUAGCAUCUCGGUUUCUUCAUUGUAAUAGCAUUUCAUUUAUUCCUUUCCUUUCUUUCCCCAUGUUUAAAAGCCUUUCAUUUUUUGUCACUUUUUGUAAAUGCUUUUUUUUUUAAUUUGUAAAACAUUUCUAAUCUUAGACGUAGGUAUGUGUGGUUUGAUUAUAUAUUUUAUAAUGUGCUUUUCAUUUGACAGAGAUUGGAUUGAUUUAUACCAUAUACACUAUAUUUCACAGAGACAAAAAUUAAUGACAGCCAAAUAAACCAAAAUAUACUAA